UCCACCCCGCUCGCAGCGCCCAGUCUGGGCGGAGGUGUUCGCGCGAGGAGAACGUGCUCUCGGCAUUUGAUAUGGCGGCAGCCGCGGCGACUGCAGCGACGAAAGGGAAUGGGGGCGGCGGGGCCCGGGCCGGGGCCGGCGAAGCCAGCGGCUCGCGAAAGAAAAAGGGCCCGGGGCCUCUGGCCACGGCGUACCUGGUCAUCUACAAUGUGGUGAUGACCGCGGGGUGGCUCGUUAUAGCUGUUGGUCUGGUCAGAGCAUACCUGGCUAAGGGUAGCUAUCAUAGCCUUUAUUAUUCCAUUGAAAAGCCUUUGAAAUUCUUCCAAACUGGAGCCUUAUUGGAGAUUUUACAUUGUGCAGUAGGAAUUGUUCCAUCUUCUGUUGUCCUGACUUCUUUCCAGGUGAUGUCAAGAGUUUUUUUAAUAUGGGCAGUAACACAUAGCGUCAAAGAGGUACAGAGUGAAGACAGUGUCCUCCUGUUUGUUAUUGCCUGGACAAUCACAGAAAUUAUCCGUUACUCCUUUUAUACAUUCAGUCUAUUAAACCAUCUGCCUUACCUCAUCAAAUGGGCCAGGUACACGCUUUUCAUUGUGCUGUACCCAAUGGGAGUGUCAGGAGAAUUGCUCACAAUAUAUGCCGCUUUGCCCUUUGUCAGACAGUCUGGCCUGUACUCCAUCAGUUUACCUAACAAAUACAAUUUCUCUUUUGACUAUUACGCAUUCCUAAUUCUGAUAAUGAUCUCCUACAUUCCAAUUUUUCCCCAGUUAUACUUCCACAUGAUACACCAGAGAAGAAAGGUCCUUUCUCAUACUGAAGAACACAAGAAAUUUGAAUAAUUCCUGCUUCCUGCACACCCCCAGAAACAAACUUUCCAAUGACAAAAGAUGCUGCAGACUUUUUCUGUUCCCAGUACGUUUCAUAGAAAAUAAGUAAGAACUUUUUUUAAAAUACUAAAAAAAACCAAAACAAAACCCAAAAUCCA